AUACAGGUUGCUGCCAUCAGUCACGUUUGGACGCCAGUUAGCAACAGGCCGCAAGGGGGAGAUCUACAAGGCCUAGCCUUGCAUCAUGUCGGCUCGGACAGACCUUCUCGGAUUGUUCACGUCGAUCGCCCUCCGGCCGCAUAGUCGAUGCCUAUACCGCGGCGCAAGAGUUUCCUCACAAUUCGCACGACAUGUCUCCUCGUCCACAAGUUCCCAACCCAAGCCAAAGUCGACUCCCAAGCCUGAACUGAAGUCGACCCCAAAGCCGCUUCCUAAAUCUGACCCAAAACCAACUCCACACGAGCUUGCAGCUCAAAAGGUCCCUAUACAUGUCGGUCUCGACCGAAAUCCGGACAGUGUUUCGGCAAUCUCGAGAAUUCCCAUUCCCAAGGGCGAGAGAGGCGAAGUCUUUACGCCGUCCGUUCUUGCGUAUCCAUUGGGCCUACAGCAUCCUCCUGCUCCCGGUCAAAAUGUUCCGUAUGAGACGCGAUCCUUUAGCGAACGAAGAAAAGACUUCUCCAGCUACGAGAAAGCGUUGGAACGUAGACGGGUGUAUCUACGAUCAUACCUUCGACCCUACUUUCAGGAAUGGCGUCGAGUAGAUUAUCACAGAGGCAAAAGCUUUGUGUCUAACGAACGGUUGUUCAAGAAGGAUAAGGCUCUCUAUUUCCCCAAUCUUUGGGGCAAAACUCUGUCAAAAGAAGGAGAUGGAGGAAAGGGAGGCAAAGACACCACACCUCUGCUUAGAGGCAAGGUGUCAAUUGUUUGCUUCCAGGCAAACGAGUGGGCUACGGAGCAAGUCGAGUCAUUUGUUGGAGCAAAGGAGAAUCCACAACUGAACAAGCUCCUCGAAAACAGUGAUGGAAUGGUCCAGAGGAUUGACAUCAAUCUACAAGGCGAUAUUGCACGGUCUUGGCUAGUCUGGCUCUUCAAGUAUCGACUCAGACGAAUGAUUCCGAAGGAGCGGUGGGACAAAUACUUCAUGAUCAAGCUCCCCCGCGAUAUCCGCCGAGGUUUGACUGAUGAAAUUCGAGACGCCAUAGGUCUUCUCAAUUCCCAGGUCGGAUACGUCUAUCUCGUCGACCCUUCCUGCAAGAUCAGAUGGGCAGGAAGCGGUGAUGCCUGGGCGGGAGAAAUUGACGGUCUCAACGCUGGCAUUAAAAAGCUCAUCAAGGACGAGCUCACAUCCUCACCCCAAUAAACAGCUAAACCUGUGCCAAAAUGACAUGCAGAUCUUCCGAAACAAUUAAUUUCCACACUCAUUAUGGUGCCAUCCAAACGCUCAAACACCACUUAUUUGAUACAAAUUUUGUCCAUGUCCAGGACCCCAAAUUCACCAUGAAUUCUCAAGCAAAAGUUCGUCAAUUGUCGUCAGAUGGUGAUACUUGAUCACAGUUUUCAGGCUUGGUCCUAGUAUUUGCAUGUCAGCUAUUGUUGUCAGGUGAGGGGUGGGGACGACGUACCCACACCGAGGGCAAGGGUUCUCGGCUUCGGCGCCGUCGAGAAUCUCAUGGACCACUUUACAUUUCUUGAGCAGUCUGUCGGCUCUGGUCGCUGGUUUCGGAGCAGUGGCUUUGUCGCACAUUUCAUGCAAAUAAUAUGGAGCUGGUCUUGCCGUCCCUGGGCAGCAAUUCCAAUGAUAUGUGUAAUAUAUGCACAUUUUGGGUCGUCGGACGGAAGACGAUUCUUAUGAGGACAAAAAGAUGGGAUAAGUGAUAUAUGCGGCCGGUGUCAAAUGUUACGAUCGAUGGGUCGGUAGGAUAUGUUGUCGUUGUGUGAGAGGAUUUGAUCUUGCUUCGUUGGAGGAGUGGAGGGUAGAAUAGUCCAUUGCCUAAGUCAUGCGCAAAUGGAACGAGUCCGGAGUGCAACGAGAUUGUCUACCGCUGCGCUCCCAUUGUCUAGACUCCGUACAGAUGUACAAUAAAUUCGCUGUUUUCGGCCAACAGG